UUUGAUACACAGCUGAUAAAAAUUAUCUUCAGCUAAGCACCCUUGAGGUCUGAUUACAGAAGUGACGCUAGCCCACCCACACACCUAACAUUAAUUUAAGGGAUCAGCCUAGGUUCUUCCUAGCUUUUAGGGAGAAUGGUAUGGUUGUGUUCCUUGCUAGUUCUUGCAAGCCAUGGCGCUUCCCAGCAAAUUCCUUUUUUGGUUUGGCUGCUUUUCCUGGCUGGGUUUUCCCAUUAGCCUUGGUUCUCAGGCUUCUAGGGGAGAAGCUCAGAUUGCAGCUAGUGCUGAGUUGGAAUCUGAGGCUGAACCUUGGUCCUUGCCGCAGCCGACGGGUGGGAGAGACGGAUCAGGCCUCCUCUCCCCUCUCUUCAAAGUUCUGUGUGAUGAGCCAGGCGGGGCGCAGAGGCUGCAGCCAGACUCCGGAGCUUUGCACUACAUGAAGAGGCUCUAUAAGGCAUACGCUACCAAGGAGGGGAUCCCCAAAUCCAACAGAAGUCACCUCUACAACACUGUUCGGCUCUUCACCCCUUCUGUCCAGCACAAGCAGCCCUCUGUGGACCAGGCGACAGGCACCAUGCCAUCAGUGGGCCUGCUGUUCAACCUGGAUCGCGUUACGGCUGUGGAGCGCCUCCUCAAGUCAGCCCUGCUAUACACUUUCAACGACUCGGUGCCUUUCCCCUCUGCCAUGCAGUGCACGUGCCACCUGCUGCUGGAGGAGCCAGAGUCAUCUGGCCAGACUCUCCCUAGGGCUCCAUACUCCUUUCCCUUCACAUCACAGUCUGAAUUUAGAAAGAAACACAAAUGGGUUGAGGUGGAUGUGACUGCCCUGCUUCAGCCUCUGGUGGCCUCCGCCAAGAGGAGUAUUCAGGUGUCUGUGAAUUUUACGUGUGCGAAAGACUGGCUGCGGUCCCCUUCAGCACGGGACAGUCCUGUUAGCCUCGUCCCCCCCUCAUUGCUUCUGUAUCUGAAUGACACGAGCACUCACGCUUACCAGGGGUGGUAUUCCCUCCACGACAAAAGGAGCCCUCCCCAGGCUCCUGGCCAGAGAGGUCCGUCUGCCUGUCCCACGGGAGAAGAGGCUGCCAGGGGAGUAAGAGCUCGUCACCGGAGAGGUGAGGAGACUGUCAGCUCAGAAUUGCAGAAGCCUCUGGCUCCAGCUUCCUUCAAUCUGAGUGAAUACUUCAAACAGUUUCUUUUUCCCCAAAAUGAGUGUGAGCUCCAUGACUUUAGACUUAGCUUUAGUCAGCUGAAGUGGGACAGCUGGAUCGUGGCCCCACACAGGUAUAACCCCCGGUACUGUAAAGGGGACUGUCCCAGGGCCGUCGGGCAUCGCUAUGGCUCUCCAGUUCACACCAUGGUGCAGAACAUCAUCUACGAGAAGCAGCUCGAUGACUCCGUGCCACGGCCCUCGUGCGUGCCUGCCAAAUACAGCCCCUUGAGCGUGCUGACUGUGGAGCCCGAUGGCUCCAUUGCCUACAAGGAAUACGAAGACAUGAUAGCCACUAAGUGCACCUGCCGUUAGCACGCGGUCCUCUGAGCCAAAACACUGAGCCUCUUCAACAAAGCGAAUGCCUACCUGUGCCUUCAGGACAAAGCUUCAUGUGUCAGAUUGCUAAAUGCACUGCAGUGUGUCUUGCACGAGGAGGGACCAGUGCAGAUUGGCACAGUCUGUGGCACUUAUUGGUGGAAAGGGUUAACCUCUGCCUUUUUUAUUUGCAAAUGUAAAUAAUUAUUUUGGAGAGCUUUCACUUUCACUAAGCAUUUUUUGGUAAGAGUAUUGUUUUUGAUGUUGAAAAAACUUCAUAAGCAUUAAUCUUGGAUGGAAUUACACUCCAAACAGACAGUUCCAAGUGUCAGAGUCUUAUUUAAUGGGAGAAUAAAGUCCUGUCAGAGCAUGGGUUUCCUGUGUGUGUGUACUAAAUAAAGACUGCUUCUAUACGGUGAUUUGGGAGGCAGGGGAAGUGUCUGAAAGCUACUUUUUUAUGUUAAAUUUCUUGGCUCAACUUGUGAUCUUUCUUUCAGUAAAAGAGAGGCUGACUUCUUCGCCGACGUCCCGAUGAAGUGAGGCCCACUAGGUGCAGGGCGCGUGCAGCGGAACCCACGGCUGCUGCGGCCGUGCCACUGGCGCGGGCCACACGAACUCUGCUCCUCAGAUGGCUUGCAUAAAUGGGUCGAUUCAUAUCAAACAAUGUGGCGUUUGUUCUGUUUACUUAAAGGAAAUUGCCUUGCAGAAUUUUUCCAAGCAGAUGCAGUGUUAAAGGUUUUUAAAAUACAUUUUCUUCUUUACGUAUUUAGAUCU